UAAAGUCCUCUCAUAUUUUGAUCCAACGCGGUCUGAUGAUGAAGAAAUAAAGAACAGAACACAAUGAAUCGAACGGCGGGGAUCUAAAGAGGAGAUACACGUGAAGAGGAGUAGCCAUUUCUCUCUCCACAUAUAUAUUUAUUUCUUUCAUAUGACAUGUUUCCUCAGAUUCGUCGCCGAUCUUUCCUCUACAAGUGUGUGGGGAAGGCCUUGUGUAUAAAAUAUUUUGGUGUGUCCUCCAUUUGUUUUCUGUUGUGGAAGCCAAACCAAGCUGCUGCUCUUCUGUCCGCCUCUAAAAUCACAGUGUUGGAAUUGGAAGAAGGAGGAAGGAGGAAGGAGGAAGGAGGAAGGAGGAAGAAGGAAGAGUGAGUGAUAGAUGCUGCGAUGGAGAGAGGAUACGAGAACGGAGUGGUAAUGACGCGAGACCCGAGGCCGCGCUUGCGCUGGACGCCCGAUCUCCACGACCGCUUUGUCGACGCUGUUACCAAGCUCGGCGGUCCACACAAAGCAACACCCAAGUCGGUGUUGAGGCUGAUGGGCUUGAAGGGCUUGACACUGUACCAUUUGAAGAGCCAUUUACAGAAGUAUAGACUUGGACAGCAAUCCCGGAAGCAAAGCAUCACAGAGAACAGUGAUUACAGGACUCAUGCCUCAGGAACAAGUGCUAAAUCAUCAAGCAGAAACAACGAACAAGGAGGGAUCCUAAUUGCAGAGGCACUAAGGUGUCAAGUUGAAGUACAAAAACAAUUACUAGAGCAGAUUGAGGUACAGAAGAAGUUACAAAUGAGAAUAGAGGCUCAAGGAAAAUACUUGCAGGCAGUGAUGGACAAAGCACAACAAAGCCUCUCAAUAAAUAUGAACUGCCCAGGUAGUCUAGAAGCCAUGAGAGCCCAAUUAACCAACUUUAAUACGGCUCUGUCAAGUCUUACGGAGAACACAAAUGAAGAAGACAUGAAGGUAAACAUAAUAGAGAAGAGCAUACCAAGUAAUAGGACCAAUGGUUCGGUUUUCACAGCUUACCGAGAGGCAGAGGAAUUAGUAAAGAAGGAUGUCAAGUUCAGGGAGGGAGAAGGUUUUAGACAUUUUGAUUUGAAUACCAAGGGUAACUAUGAAUUUGCUGGUGCAAAUGGAGCUGAUUUUGAAGCCAAGAUGAUUGCAUACAGAAGGUGAAAUUGAAAAUAAAACCUCUCACUUUUACUUUGAUGAUUUACAUGCAUGUUUGCAUGGAGUUAUUAUUCCCAAUGUAAUCUUGAAUGUUGUUGUUUCGGGUUCGCCAUUUUACCUUCCCAAGGUAAUAAGAGAGAGCUUGCUUGGAUGCUGCACUGUUUCAGGUCAAUGUAAGAUUAGAAGGUAUAGAAAUUUUAACAAUCUAAGAGGAGAAUUUUCUUUGUAAUUCUUCCUUAACAAUAGCGUCAUCAUACUCAACGUUCAUGCUUGAUCUUUAUGCAAAGCCAAUACUUGAUCCUUUCCUGAUCAUCUCAUUUUCUCA